CCGCCCCGGCGGGCCGCGCCGCCGCCGCUCCCCCCUCUGGGCCGCAGUGGUGCAGCCCGGAGGUUAGCGGAAGCGGCCGCUCGGCGCUGCCAUGUUGAGCCGCCGCCGCCGCCGCCGCUUUGUUGUCGGCUCCAUGUAGCUGGGGCCCGGGGGAGGGAGGAGGGGGGGGCCGCGCCGCCGCCGGAGCCGCCGCCGGAGCCGCCGCCAGCCGCGGGACGCCCCCGCCAUGGAGGCCAACUGGACCGCGUUCCUCUUUCAGGCACAUGAAGCCUCACAUCACCAACAGCAGGCAGCACAGAACAGUUUGUUGCCUCUCCUGAGCUCUGCUGUUGAGCCACCCGAUCAGAAGCCGAUUCUGCCCUUACCAAUAACGCAGAAACCUCAGCCUGCACAAGAAACAUUAAAGGAUGCUAUUGUUGGGAUUAAAAAGGAAAAACCUAAAACCUCCUUUGUGUGCACUUACUGCAGCAAAGCUUUCAGGGACAGCUACCAUUUGAGGCGUCACGAGUCCUGCCACACAGGGAUAAAGUUAGUGUCACGGCCAAAGAAAACUCCCACCACAAUGGUGCCCCUUAUCUCGACCAUCGCUGGUGACAACAGCCGAAGUUCCUUGGUUUCGACUAUCGCAGGCAUCCUGUCCACAGUCACUACGUCUUCCUCUGCCACCAACCCCAGCAGUAGUGCCGGCGCAACGGCCAUGGCAGUGACUCAGACCGUGAAGAAGCCCAGCAAGCCUGUUAAGAAGAACCACGCUUGUGAGAUGUGCGGAAAGGCCUUCAGGGAUGUGUAUCACCUCAACCGGCACAAGCUGUCCCACUCAGAUGAAAAACCCUUUGAAUGUCCAAUUUGCAAUCAGCGUUUCAAGAGAAAGGAUCGCAUGACCUACCACGUGAGGUCUCACGAAGGUGGCAUCACGAAACCAUACACCUGUGGUGUUUGUGGAAAAGGCUUCUCGAGGUACCAUGUAGAAAAUCCCAGGCGAGCUCAAGUAUUGGCUUUUCAUAACCAAGAAGGGUUAAGCUAUCAUAGCGAGGGGCUAGGAGAAGCAGACAUCUUAGAAGAUUGGCCUGAUCAUUUAAGCUGUCACGUUAAACACGUUCACUCAACAGAGAGACCCUUCAAAUGCCAAACGUGCACUGCUGCCUUUGCCACCAAAGACAGACUGCGGACACACAUGGUGCGCCAUGAAGGAAAGGUAUCGUGUAAUAUCUGUGGUAAACUUCUGAGUGCAGCAUAUAUCACCAGCCACUUAAAGACACACGGGCAGAGCCAAAGUAUCAACUGUAAUACCUGUAAACAAGGCAUCAAUAAAACGUGCAUGAGUGAAGAGACCAGCAAUCAGAAGCAGCAGCAGCAGCAACAGCAGCAGCAGCAACAACAGCAACAGCAGCAGCAGCAACAACAGCAGCAGCAGCAACAGCAGCAGCAGCAACAGCAGCAGCAGCAGCAGCAACAGCAGCAGCAGCAGCAGCAACAUGUAACAAGUUGGCCUGGAAAGCAGGUAGAGACCCUGAGAUUAUGGGAAGAAGCCGUCAAAGCAAGGAAGAAAGAAUGUCAGUUCACCUUUGAGAAGGCUAUAGAGUACGUACCAUUCGAAGCUGCUAACUUGUGCCAAACCUCCACUGCUGCUACUACGCCUGUGACUCUUACUACUCCAUUCAAUAUAACGUCCUCUGUGGCUUCUGGGACUAUCACAAACCCAGUCACAGUGGCAGCUGCAAUGAGCAUGAGAAGUCCAGUAAAUGUAUCAAGUGCAGUUAAUAUAUCCAGUCCGAUGAACUUAGGGCAUCCUGUAACUAUAACCAGUCCAUUAUCCAUGACAUCUCCAUUAACGCUCACCACACCAGUCAAUUUACCUACCCCAGUAACCGCUCCAGUGAAUAUAGCGCAUCCAGUCACUAUAACGUCUCCUAUGAACCUCCCAACACCAAUGACGUUAGCUGGUCCAUUAAAUAUAGCAAUGAGACCAGUGGAGAGCAUGCCUUUCCUGCCCCAAGCCUUGCCCACGUCUCCUCCCUGGUAAAGAAUUUCUAAACAGUAUUAAAGAGGAUUAAAAUGGAAUCCUUACCAGCAGUUGCUUUUCGUUUCUUUUUUUUUUUUUUAGUUUUUUUUUCCUAGUUAAUAAUAAUUCAAACUAAGUCGCUGGUGCAGCACGCACCGUCAGAGACCAUAGUAGCAUCUUCCCCUGUUGAUUUGGCUAUUGUUCAAACUUGAGUUUCACUGGAGCACUUCAUUUAAAGUAAGUUUUACCUUUUACCUUUUAGCUGACUGAUGCUGAAUUAGAGCAGAUAUGUACUUGCCAGAGUUAAAAAAAAAAAAGAAAAAAAAAGUCAUUAAAAAUCAGCUUUAUGUUUUAUCCCCCAAAUUAUAACUUAGAAAAUUAUUUUAAUGUAAACACUAGCAAAGACCCCUCUGUAUCUUUAACAGGGUGGAUGGCUAAUUUUAACUUGCCAGUUGUAAGUCCAUUGUUACUGAGCUAGUGUAGAAUCUUUGUCUGUGUUAAUGUUUUUUUUUAAUGAGUAAAUGCAUUACAAUGUUGUCAUUUUUAAAAAUGCAUUUUGGAGAAAAUAUGCAUUUUACCUUUGGGAAUAUGAUAAUUUCAGGCAGCAUUCCCUAUGGGAAAGGUGAUACCAGCUCUGAUAUGCAAAGCAUAUGAUAACUUAUCAUUCUAACUUCAACAUAUAAUAGGGAUUGUGACCUGAUAUUUGGAGAUGUAAAUAUUACCCAACAUAUUACCCUAAGGGAAUAUAGCAUUGUAGUCAACAUUUUUUUUAAAAAAACUGUUAUUGUUUGGUGAGAAACAGCCAUGGCUGACAGAAGAGGAGUCGAAAUGUAUGUAAACAUGGUCUCUGAACAGUCAGAACCCUAUGGGACUCUUAUCUAGGAGCAAAAGGAGUGCUUUGAAACUUAUGAAAUAUUGCUUUAAGCUGGAAGAUUCUGGAGGCACUGGGUGUGAUUUUUAUGCCCUCUGUCUCCCAAUCAGAACCUGCUGGUGUUACAGCAGGGGACAGACGUGUUAGUUGUUCACUAGAAGUUUUGUCUUAUAUUAAAUUGUAUACAGUUUUUAUUCUAACCACUAACUAGGUAGGAUGCCCCUUCAGGACAAGCAGAGAGCGUCUUUUAAUUUCUCCCCUACUUCUUAAUCAAGUGUUGUGCAAAUCUGUUCAACUUUGUAAAUAUUUGCAAACAUCAUCAUUUUUACGUUACUCUUCUAUUGUGUUAACACAUUUCUAUCAGUUUGUGGGAGUUUUGGGGUGGUGGUCUGAACUGUCCAGCCCAGAACUUCUCCAUAAAUGAUCACACAUGUUUAAGCUACAUGUGCUUUUUAUUUCUUAACCUGUUUAUCUGUACAUAAAGUAGAAAGCAAAAUCUAGGGAAACAGAUAUACUUUUUAGACUAUCAUGUCACAUAUUCACGUUUUUAAAACUUUGUUUAAAAAAACACCCUAAAACCAAGACUCUACAUUAAAAAAAUAAAAUUGCAGUUGCGAUGUUUUUAUCCUAAUGAAGUUGAAAGCUAUGAGAUUAGCGUGUGCGCAUUUCACAGAGUGCUAGCGGGACUGACUAGUCAAAUGGACUGCUUCCGUUUCUACCCUGCCGUGGCAGUACGAGCAGUGAUUGCCAGACUUCUGGGUCAGGUGACAGGUAUCUGUAUCAUUACGUGAAACUGUUCUAGGGGCUUGGACUACAUAGUAAAACAAAAACAAAAAAAAUAGAGCUUAGUGUAAAAUAAUUUUAUAAAUGAUCUUUUGUACUUUAGGACAUCAAAUUGUACAACUUUUGUAUAUAUAAAAGCUUAGGAACUUUCUGUUUAGCAGAAAGGAAACACAUUCCUACACUUUUAAUGUAUAUGUUUGUUAUAAUGUCCAUGUAAACAUAUGCCCUAUGUUUGUGCCUUUUAAUUAGUUUGUCUCAAUAAACAAAAAUGUAGAGAAGAAUAUGUAGCUAUGACUUUGUUACCACUGUUCUUACUCCAGCUGUGUGGAGCUCUCUGUUUUUGCGCUGUGGAGCAUUGCGUGCAGGCAGCUGCAUGACCUGGGCCGGUACGGCCAGAACGAGGCAUGCAAGUCCAGCGCAUCCCAGCAAAAACUGUCUCUCUCCCCCGUAGCGUAGAGCAGCCCACGCCGAUGGGGCGUUGCAUGUCAGGAUGUGUAGUUUCCAAGCCAUCUCUGUUACCCCUGAAAACGAUACCAGCUUGCACCGGUUUUACCUAGCGGGUAGAGCAUUCUGCAUCUGGGUAAAGUGCGGUGAUGACCCGUAGGUGAAGUUUGGGUGUCCCUGAGCUUAAAAAAUAAAAGCAUUAAAAGCUAAUAUGAAAAUGUGUACUAGAAGUGGUUAUCUAUGAAUUACUUACAAUAAACAGGUGUGAGACUUAA